AUGGGAUUCACUGAACUUGUUGAAACUCAACGCAAAUACUUCCGCACCGGAGUGACGAAGCCAGUUCAAUUCAGAAAGGAACAACUUCUGAAGCUCAAGAAAUUCAUUGAAGAGAAUCGUGAAGCUUUGUCAGAGGCUGUCUGGAAAGAUUUGAGAAGACGUCAUGAAUCUACGGAAAUCCUCGAAAUCGGAAUGACCAUUGGGGAAAUCGACUACUUUUUGAAAAAUAUUGAUGAUUGGGUGAAGCCAACACAUGUUGAGAAAACGUUCACAACUGCUCUUGACAAACCAGUCAUUGAAAAAGAUCCAAAAGGAGUUGUCCUAAUCGUUUCCCCAUGGAAUUAUCCGGUCUCUAUGAUUCUCCUCCCAAUGGUUCCAGCGCUUGCCGCAGGAAAUACGGUAGUUAUCAAGCCAUCCGAGUUGUCUGAAAACGUUGCGGCAACUUUCGAAAAACUGAUUCCAAAGUACUUCGAGCCGAAAUAUGUAGCAGUUGUGAAUGGAGGAAUCCCAGAAACCACCGAUUUGCUAGAGGAGAGAUUCGACCACAUCCUCUACACUGGUUGUCCACCAGUUGCCAAAAUCAUUAUGACGGCCGCAGCAAAGCAUUUGACUCCAGUUACUUUGGAAUUGGGAGGAAAAUGCCCAGUUGUCGUGGAGGAUGACACUGAUAUCGAUAUCUCCGCAAAACGUAUCGCAUGGGGAAAAUGGCUUAACUGUGGACAGACAUGUCUCGCACCAGACUACAUUCUUGUCAAUAGCACUGUGAAGCCGAAGCUUGUUGCUGCUAUCCGCAAAUACAUUAACGAAUUUUAUGGAGAGAAUGUGAAGGCUAGCAAGGACUACGCAAGAAUCAUCAACCAGAGACAUUUUGAUCGUAUCACUGGUCUUCUUGAGAAAACACAAGGAGCAACUCUCAUUGGAGGAGAAAGCGACCGUGCCGAUCUCUUCAUCCCACCAACUGUUCUGGACGUCGAGAAGAAUGAUCCAUUCAUGCACGAUGAAAUUUUCGGACCAGUUCUCCCUAUUAUCACUGUCAAAUCAUUCUCAGAGUCUCUCGAGUACAUUGCCGACGGAGAGAAGCCGCUGGCUGCGUACAUCUUCACGAAAAAUGAAGCCAAAGUGAAGAGACUAUUGAAUGAAACAAGCAGUGGUGGUGUCACUGUGAACGAUGUGCUCAUGCACAUUACAGGUACAUUCACCAGAAAGUUGACCUACUUUCUGGAUACUCUUCCAUUCGGUGGUGUUGGAGUUUCUGGAAUGGGUCGUUACCGUGGAAAGUUUGGAUUUGACACUUUCACUCAUGAGAAGUCUGUUCUUCACAGAGGAUUUUUCGGAGAGUCUCUGCAAGCCUCCCGUUAUCCUCCUCUGAAUCAACAAAAACUUGACCAAAUGCGAAAGUUGACUGGCAAACGCAUUUCGUUGAAUCUCAUCAACGUGGCUACACUUCCUAUUGUAAUGGCAUCGUUCGUGUUCGGAAUGCUCUUCCAGAGUUGUUCUAGAAGAAGGGAGGAUGACUGA